AUGUGUACCUACGCACGCACCGUCUUCGAAUGCGCGCACCAGACUUGGGGACGCCGGCUAAAGCUCUGCACCAUCGGCGAGGACUUUCGCGACGGAUACCUCCCCAGCGACUGCUGCCUCCGCCGCCCCCAUGGCCUGCAGUCGCGCCGCGUCCCGAGCCGCUGCGACAGGUGCCGCUCGCUAGACGGCAAGGUGGCGCUCCUCCGCGCGAAACUCGACGAGUGCCGUGCCCAGUUCCUCAAGCGGUGGCCCUCAUACACAGCAUGCACCGGCGCGGGCGCCACGCGCGAGGAGACUAAGGAAGAGGUGCUCGGGAGCCUCGAAAAGAUUGUAGACUCGGUCGAGAGCUCGGAAGAUGAGGAGAAGGACGAAAGUGACUCGGACAGGCCAGGCUCGGACGCGACGGGCCGCUCCGUAGCCAGCCCCGGUUCAGCUCGGCGCUCGCCACAAUUCACGAAGUAUGACACGUGCACCAUCUGCGGCUCGCGCCUGGAGCUUGACGAGCUGGACUGUCAAGCGUGCGUCCAGCGGCACCACCACGCCGCCGCCUGGCUCCUGAACAGGGGCCUUAUGGCCGUGCCUUUCUUCUCGGCGACCUGCCACUUUUGA